AUGUUUGCCUCGCUGGAUGUUUUACAUUUAACAGCACAAACUGGAGUAAUGAUUGAAACAUUAUGUGAAUUGGGUGCACAAGUUCAAUGGAGUUCUUCUAAUCCAUUAUCAACACAAGAUCAUGUAGCAGCUGCAUUAGUUAAAAAUGGUAUAUCGAUUUAUGCAUGGAAAGAUGAAAUUGAAGAAGAAAAAUUAUGGUGUAUAGAUCAGACAAUCUAUUUUCCUGAUGGUCAACCAUUAAAUGCUAUUUUAGAUGAUGGUUGCGUUUUAACACGAUUUAUACAUGAAAAAUAUCCACAUUUAACACGUUUUAUGCAUGGUAUUAGUGAAGAAACAACAGCUGGCACAACACAAUUACGUAUAUUAUUCAACAAUAAUAAACUAAAAGUUCCAGUCAUUAAUGUUAAUGAUAGUGUAACAAAAUCAAAAUUUGAUAAUUAUUAUGGAUGUGGUGAAAGUCUUAUUGAUGGUAUUAAACGAGCUACAGAUGUUAAAACAUGUUUUGAUUAUUAA